AUUUCAGUCCUAUAAAUCGGAGCAGAAUGCUUUUCAAACCUGUUUUUUUAAUUAACUUUAAAGUAGAGAACAAUUUGAAGAUGUCUUGAUAAAGUUUAGACCCUUGACCUUUUACCUUUGACUGUGUUUGUUAAGAGCAGUAAUGGACGGAAGACAUGACCCUCCAUUAUGUUGCAGCAGCGGAGGCCGUACGAGUGUAAAUAAACAACUUCGAUAUCCAAACGACAGUGGCCGAGGACGGUGAGCUUAAUGACUACUCGGGUAUAAUGGAAGCAGCAGCAUUUAGGACCGCAGCGCUUUGGCUUUAGGGCCUGACCGGCACCAUGCAGCAGAAAGGUGCCAUCCAGAUUAUAGAAUGGGAGGACCUGGACAAGAGGAAAUUCUACUCACUGGGUGUGUUUAUGACGUUGACCACCCGGGUCACGGUCUACCCAGCCAGCCUAAUCCGGACCCGGCUGCAGGUGCAGAAAGGGAAGGCCGUGUACUUGGGCACCUUUGACGCCUUCUGCAAGAUCCUGCGAAUGGAGGGCGUGAGGGGCCUCUACCGAGGCUUCAUGAUCAACACCUUCACUCUGGUGUCCGGACAGGCAUACAUCACCACCUAUGAACUGGUGCGCAAGUACGUGUCCCACUACUCUCCCAGCAACACAGUCAAGUCCGUAGUGGCGGGAGGGGCAGCGUCACUGGUGGCUCAGACCAUCACCGUGCCCAUUGACGUGGUGUCCCAGCACCUGAUGAUGCAAGGACAGGGGGAACAUCACUCCCGCUUCAAGGUGAAGCCAAAAAUGAUGCUCACCACAUCUAAACGCAAACCUACUUUCGGACAAUCGCGGGAAAUAACGGUGCAGAUAUUUGCAGCCGAUGGUUUCAGGGGAUUUUAUAGGGGUUAUGUGGCAUCGCUGCUCACGUACAUCCCCAACAGUGCCCUCUGGUGGCCUUUUUAUCACUUUUAUACAGAAAAAUUAUCUUUAAUGGCACCAAGUGGAUGUCCCCAUCUGAUUCUGCAGGCAGUGGCAGGACCAAUGGCAGCGGCAACUGCUUCCACCAUCACAAACCCUAUGGAUGUUGUUCGUGCAAGAGUUCAGGUGGAGGGCCGAACAUCCGUCAUAGAGACAUUUAAGCAGCUGCUGGCGGAGGAGGGCAUCUGGGUGAUGACCAAAGGGCUGUCGGCCCGCAUCAUUUCCUCCAUGCCCACGUCGGUGCUCAUCGUGGUUGGUUACGAGACGCUGAAGAGGCUGAGCCUGCGCGCCGAGCUGAUUGAGACCAGACACUGGUGAAAGACGACAAGGCGUAGGCAGGGUGGGGGACCAGGACAGCCUUUCAUCAUUCUCCAGUUGCACAGAGGCAGUGACCCAGAUCUGUCUGAUGCACUUUAGAUCGGUGCGGCUUUAAACGCAGGACUAAAGAGAAUUCAUCAUUAGACGCAACCGUUAGCAACUGGAAGGUUGAUGAAACAACCUUAUUGUUCUCGCUGUCCUGUGAAUUGCUGUAUUGUUUGUGAAUGAUGCACAUUGAAAUGCGUAACAGGUACUUGUUCCUCAUUUGUGUUGCUGUAGAUAAAAUUAAGCUUGGUGAUGGACAAAAAGAACAGAUUGGAAAAAUUCAAGUUUUAAUCUUGAUUAUGGAUUUUCAGAGUUUGGUAGCUCCCAUCUACUUUAUUACUAUUAUUUCUGUAAAUGUUUUACUGGUCUUGUGGGGUUUACCCACAUUAACUGAUACUUUUGGUUGCCUUAUCAUUUAUAGUUCUAUAAGUAUGAGCUACCUUUUUAUUAUAGCCGUAGUUCAUUCAGCCUUGGUCAUCUAACUUUGGCGUUGGGUCUCAACAUGACGUCAAAGUCGACACGAUCUAAUAGCGAGGUUAGCUAGCAACUCUUGGCAGACAACACCAUGGCAGUGGAGCAUCCUCAAGUCCAUCCAGACAAUUAUAGAUUUUAAAUAAUCAUGGUCACACUUCCUUCCUCACUUUAUUUUCCUUGGCCCAAACUAAAUGUACACACUGUAUCUUUAUGUUCUAAAGAUCUAUUUUGUCUCUGGCAUAAGCUUGGUGAAGUUAAAUAUUUUGAGUUAUUUCAUCUGGUUUUUUUUGUUUUUGUUUUUUGUUUUGGUUUUUACCCUCAUUUGGAACUCUAGCACCCCCUAGGGUAUCUGCACAGCCAACACUUUGAAAAGCCCUAAUCAAGAGAGGUUGCAUUAUGUCAACUGAAACUGUAAUAGAACAGCUUUGUGUUGUGCAAAAACCAAUUUUGCCUUUAUCUUGUUGUACUCUACUGUACAAACAACAUUUUAAUGUCUGCAGAUCUUUCCCCUGACUGAGUUGUUACGGGGGGUUUGGUUCUCUGGUCCGCAUGUGUUUUGUGGACUUUAAGGUAUUUUCCAAGGGCUGUCCAGUCCACAGACAGAAAGGUAUCCGGUUUGAGAACCUCUGGUCUCAUCUUUGCUUUUGGAGAUGAUGUGUUUCUGUUGGCAUCCUCAGCUCCUGCAAGUCAAAAGCCAUGGUAACCACCUGAGAGAAAGGUGGAGUCCUCGUCUCAGAUCGACGGUCAGUAUCUGUCUAUCGAGGGGCCUUGUCUGCAGAAUACUUGGUACUACUCUUUUUAUAAAAAAAAAUAUAAUCUGUUACAUGAUUAACGUGUAAUUCUGUAGCUCGAUACCUUUUAGGAUGUUGAUUAUAUUGUACAUCACUGCCUUUAAUGUGUUCACUUAAAUGAAGAGUAAACCACAUUGAUUUGA